AUGAAAUUGGUUUCCCUCCUUCUUCUCUUCACAAUCUUCUUGUCGGGAUUGACUCUUCGCCUCGAAGAAGAUCUUUCUGCAGUCUAUAUUGAUCAUGGAGAAAUUAUCGUUGAGGACAAGCCCGAUCUUCCAGGAAGUGUUUUGUCUCCAGAAGGCAAUCCUCCAACUCACGUCACCUACCAAGAUGUCGGAGAAGCGACUACUAAACGAAUUUAUCACUGA